AGCGCCAGUUAAAAUAUAAACUAAAUGUUCGCAGAUCUUUAUAAAUCAAAAUGAACGCGUUAAAAUUGUUUGCCGUUCUUGCUGUUAUUUGUUUGUUAGUCGACCUUGGCGAAGGUUGGUGGAUCAGCAGAAGAAGACGACGUCGCCGUAGAACUACACCUGCGCCUACACCUGCGCCUACAACAGCAACAACAACAACAACAACAACACCUGUACCGACAACCGAACCCCCACCCCCAACGACAACCACUCAAGCUCCAACUACAAGACCUCCAAGCACAACAACAACUACAACCCCGCAAACUCAAGCUUAUAGAAGGAAUAGCGCAGCAGCUGAAGUUCCAGUGAGUUACAAUCAGCAUAACGAACAGUUUAUGGAAGAUGACGUCGCAAGGUUGUUGGAUAUUUCUAAGUUGGGUUUUGACGAAGAAUGAGAAGCUGGACUAACCACACCGAUAUAUUAAAUGCAAAUAAUAAAACAAAAAUUUAUUAAGUUGGAAUAAAGGAUAAAAAACACA